AGAGAGAGAGAGAGAGAGAGAGAGAGAUGAUAGAAAAUUAGUUCAUGGGCUACUGACAUGAAAGAAAGGGUCAGUGGUUCUACAGUUAUGAACGCAUAAGCUAUAGGCUUGAUUUGUCUUGCGAACCCAACAAAAGUGACUUCUCAUCCACAACCCUAAACCAACCCACUUUCUUUAUUUUUCUGUUGGUGACGAAUUCUUCUUCUGUUCUCUCCCUACUUAUCUUCUUCAGGGCUUCUCCGGAUCACUAUUUGGCUCUGUAGAAGCCCCGGCAGUUUGCAAUUGAGCGCAACUUGGAUCGAUGGACAAUUCCAGAGCUAACAAAUUGGCCGGCGGCAGCGGCGGUUCUGGGGAUGAGGGUAAAGCUUGCACUCGCGGACACUGGAGACCAGCUGAGGACGACAAACUCCGGCACCUUGUCGAGCAAUAUGGAGCGCAUAACUGGAACGCAAUAGCCGAAAAGCUUCAAGGAAGAUCUGGCAAGAGUUGCAGAUUGAGGUGGUUCAAUCAGCUGGACCCUAGAAUCAACAGAAGGCCUUUCACAGAAGAUGAAGAACAACGGCUUUUGGCAGCGCAUGCCAUUCAUGGAAACAGGUGGGCGCUAAUAGCUCGACUGUUUCCAGGUCGAACCGAUAAUGCCGUGAAGAAUCACUGGCAUGUCAUAAUGGCCCGAAAGCAAAGGGAAGAAUCAAGGUCAGUGCCUGCUUAUAAGAGGAGUUACCAAGAUUCGCUCAUUGAGUUCCAGGGUUUCCAUGGAAUUGGGAAAUCGGCAUUUGUUGUGGAGCCUUACUCUAACUACGGGUUGGAAAAGAAGAAACAUGGACAUUUCAAUUCUUCUUUGCUUUCUUGGCGAUUCACCCCAUCCAUGUCGGCGGCGAUGGCUCCGAUGGCAUCACCCUUGGUGGAAUACACCCGAGGAGAAAAGAGAGACUAUAGUGCUUCUGGGUAUUGUGAUUGCCCCAGCGAGGGCUACCAAUCCUUGCACGAUAAUUUGCCAAGUUAUGGUGCACUCGCCCUUCCGAACUACACAAGUCCCAUUAAGUAUCCGAGACAUGGAACCGGCUAUGAAGCGACUCAAAUGAUCGAAAAAAACAACGGCGAUCUCCGUGACAGUUUGGCAAAUGCAAAUGUGAUGGCCUCUGGGCGAGGAGGAGGAAAUGAAUCGACGACGACGCGCCAGAACGUUCCCUUCAUCGAUUUCCUUGGUGUAGGGAUCACAUCUUGAUGAUUAUGUGACUGAAAUUAGUUGUAGCUCCUAGCUAACUUAUGACCUUUUUUUGUUCCUUCAUUGAAAACGUGUCUUC